GAGUCCUCGGAAAGCUCAAAAAUAGUAAUAGAAAAAUGUAUUGGCGUGUAGUAGUGUUUAUUCGCUCGCGUGUGACAAUAUAAGGCCCCAGAUAUUUAUCUCCGGUUGAAGUUGAGUGGUUAGCUGCAGUUAGUUUACAGCUACGCCGAAUAUUAGGGUGUUUAGUAAAUUACCGCUUCGCUUUUUCCACAGUCAUUGAGUUGGCUAAGCUAGCAGCUAGCCUCAGCAGCUGGUAGCUAUGGCUGCUGUUAUUCUGAGUUUCCCCACUCUGCAGGGUCUGAGGAUAUUUACACAAAAAUUAUCAUGGACCAAAAGAGGCUUAAGGUUCAUUUCAGGAGGGGUUGGAAGGAUAGAGAAAGUGUUGAUUGCCAAUCGAGGAGAGAUCGCAUGUCGUGUGAUGCGCACAGCCAAGAAGAUGGGCGUCCGCUCUGUGGCAGUGUACAGUGAAGCAGACAGACACUCCAUGCAUGUGGCCAUGGCAGAUGAAGCCUACCACAUUGGUCCUCCACCCUCCCAGCAGAGUUACCUCUCUAUGGAGAAGGUUUUGGAAGUGGCCAAGAAGUCUGGAUCACAUGCGGUGCACCCUGGCUAUGGCUUUUUAUCAGAAAACACAGAGUUUGCAGAGGCUUGCAAACAGGAAGGCAUCAUCUUCAUUGGGCCACCUUCCUCUGCCAUUCGAGACAUGGGCAUUAAGAGCACAUCCAAACACAUCAUGUCAGCUGCUGGGGUGCCAAUCAUCGGUGGUUACCAUGGAGAGGACCAAUCAGACGAGAGGCUGCAAGCAGAGGCUGCUAAGAUCGGAUACCCUGUAAUGAUUAAAGCAGUCCGUGGAGGAGGAGGGAAGGGGAUGCGUAUUGCACGCUCAGACUCUGACUUCUUAGAGCAGUUGGAGUCGGCGAGACGAGAAGCCAGAAAAUCCUUUAAUGAUGACGUCAUGCUGGUUGAGAAGUUUGUAGAGGACCCCAGGCAUGUGGAGGUUCAGGUGUUUGGAGACAUGCACGGUAACGCUGUCUAUCUGUUUGAGAGAGACUGCAGCGUCCAGAGGAGACAUCAGAAAAUCAUAGAGGAAGCACCAGGGCCUGGUAUCAGUCCUGAGGUUCGGAGGAAACUGGGAGAAGCAGCAGUUAGAGCAGCCAAGGCUGUCAACUACGUAGGGGCAGGUACAGUUGAGUUUAUAAUGGACGCCCAGCAUAACUUCUACUUCAUGGAGAUGAACACCAGGCUGCAGGUGGAACAUCCUGUGUCAGAGAUGAUCACUGGAACUGACCUGGUGGAGUGGCAGCUCAGGGUGGCAGCAGGGGAGCGCCUGCCUCUCCUUCAGGAUGACAUCAUCUUACAGGGGCACUCGUUUGAGGCUCGUAUCUACGCAGAGGACCCAAACAACGACUUCCUUCCAGGAGCGGGGCCUCUGCUGCAUCUCUCCACCCCUCUACCAGACCAGCACACUCGCAUAGAGACUGGAGUCAGGGAGGGCGAUGAGGUGUCAGCACAUUAUGACCCAAUGAUCGCCAAGCUUGUGGUGUGGGGAGAGGACCGAUCAGCUGCCUUAAAGAAGCUGCGAUACUGCUUACGACAGUAUAAUAUCGUGGGACUGAACACUAACAUAGAUUUUCUGCUGAGUCUUUCGGGCCACCCAGAGUUUGAGGCUGGAAAUGUGAGCACCAGCUUCAUUCCCCAGCACUACGCCGACCUCUUCCCCACUCCGAGAGCUCCCUCUGGGGCAACUAUCUGCCAGGCGGCCCUGGGUCUGGUGCUGCAGGAGAGGAAACACACACAGGAGUUCACACAAGCCUCCACCGAUCCCUUCUCCCCAUUUGGUGCUAGCAGUGGAUGGAGAAACAACAUUCAGUUUAACAGAAAUAUGACACUACAGCUGGGAGACAAAAAAGUCAAUGUGGUCAUCACGUAUAACAAACAUGGAAGCUAUGAUAUGCAGGUUGAUGAGGAGGUGUAUCAUGUGACUGGAGAGGUGGAGGUGGAGGGUGGAGCUUCGUUCCUGCACUGUUCUGUCAAUGGAGUGAAAUCUCGUCCCAAACUGGUGAUCCUGGACAACACAGUCCACCUCUUCUCCACGGAGGGAAGCUCCCAGGUGUCUGUUCCAGUGCCUAAAUAUCUGGCUGGUGUGAGUGGCUCUGGGGCCCAGGGUGGAGCAGUGGCCCCCAUGACUGGAACUAUAGAGAAGGUGCUGGUGAAGGCCGGAGAUAAAGUGGCUGUAGGAGACCCACUGAUGGUCAUGAUUGCCAUGAAGAUGGAGCACAUGAUCCGGGCGCCCAAGUCAGGUGUGAUUAAGAAGGUUUUCUUCAGCGAGGGCUCUCAGGCCAAUCGCCACGCCCCUCUGGUGGAACUGGAGGAGGAGGGGGAGGAUAACGGGGAUGGCGGCAGCCACUAAAAUGCAUCCAAGCACAUAUAAGAAACCACAACACACACAUAGACCGGUAGGAAAGAGGUGGAACUAGUUACUGUGACAACUGGAACAUCCAGCUGUUGAUUAAUAUUUCUUAAAAUGUAAGUCAGGAACUGAAUUGUCUGUUUGAGAGAGCGUCUGGUUCAGUCUGGAAUAGAUGAGACAAAUAUUUUUACCCUAGGUAAGAGUUCAUUUAAGAAGGUUGAAAACAGCUACAGUGACCUGGGUUGAACUUCAGCUUCAGUCAGAGACCUGUAAUGUACAGUUGCCUUUUACAAAUCACAUCAAAGUAAUGCCUUUAUGUUUCUGCUUAUCUCCCUAAUAUUUUGCUGUUAUAAGCUAAUCAAGAAUUUCUUCCUCUGUGUUUGCAAAUGUUUCUUUUUCCCCCAACUGUCUUCUUUUGGUGUUUGUUUCUGUCAGUUGUGUUUUGUUUGUUGAGGAUUUUGGGAGUUGUGUCCUUUUGUUCUGUACAGUUUAAUGCACUUCACUGCUGAUGAUGUAGAUUUGCUGAAUUUCCUUUCUAUGCACACUUAGUGUACUUCUUUUACAUGAACACAGUGACAAAACUAAAUGGUCUACUUGUUUAAGAAAGUUUGAAGCAGACAAUAAUAACUAGGUCGGAUGUCAAGUGAAACAUUUGACACUAAACUGGCAGAAUUAUACUUAAGCAGGUUAGGAAUAGUUACUGAUAACUGUGGAAAAAUGUCUCAUUUACAUGACCUGUUCAUCCUCACCACCACAUAUUUAAUUAUAACUGAUGUCCUGCCUGGGGAAAUACAACCACAAAUUUAUUGUCACUGUCCAAUGAAAACCAUGUACCUCCGAGUUUGCUGCUUUUUCUACCAAUAAGUUGAAGGGUUAUACUCUCCUUUAUAAGGUGAGAAAACUCACCUACCACUUGUAUAUAUUUAAAAAAUACAGUAUUUAAAAAAGCAUUGUUAUUAAGGUAAAAUUACAAAGCUGUGUGGUUUUCAGUGAGCAGUGAUAAUGGAAAAAAGUUCCUGGGUGUGCACUUAAUAUAUUUAUAGUAUGGAAAAAUAUUUUUAUUGAGAUUUGUGUUCAAAAUCCACCGCCUGUCCUUCCAGACUGACUCAAAACUCCAGUAUAAUGUAUGAUGAGGAGAGUAAAUUAUGGCACAAAAAAAUAACAAGAAAAGUCCAUAUAAAUUGAAUAUAUAUAUAUAUAUAUAUUAGAAGAAAAACACUCCAAAAUGACCUCAUUUCAAAUUAUUCUGAUACAAAGUUAAAGUCAAAGUCUGCAGUAUUUUUGUGACCAGAUUUGGCUCUGGGUUCCAAAUAACCCCUAAAGAAUGAAAUGUCGGUCACAGGGAGCUUUACACAGACAGAUGGUUUGCUUGUGUGUAAAUCCGCCUUCAGUUCAAGUGAUUUACCAAAUGGACGACAUGUGAACUUGACCUGUUUCUGCCAGUGAUCACCUUGUUCUUACUAACUGUGUGCUAUGAGGCCUUGUAGACUAAAACUGUCAAUAUGAACAUGUGUUUAUUCCCUGGAUUAUUUUUUAGAUUUAAGGCAGAUGAUUUUUUUUCAAAAGAUGAUAAUGGACUGGUGAGGUACUGUAAUAAAAUUCAAAGUAGACCCAG